UCUCUUAAACUCCCUCUCCUUUCACACCAUAUCUUUCUUCUCCCUCUCAAAGCAAAAAAAAAAGCACUUAGAUUCCACAUUGAAAAAAGUACCAACAAAACCUAAAUAAGUAACACAUCCAAGAAAGUUCAAGUCAUGGAAAUAGAAUUGGCAAGGUGCGAUUGUUGCGGGUUGAAAGAAGAGUGCACAAUAGACUACAUAAGUGAAGUGAAGGGAAAUUUUGAAGGCAAAUGGCUAUGUGGAUUAUGCUCGGAAGCUGUUAGAGAUGAAUUUAAUAGAGGAAAAAAGAAGCAAUAUUUUGUUGAGAUGGACGAAGCUGUUAAAGCUCAUAUGUCAUUUUGUCGAAAAUAUAAGUGUAAUAAUCCUGCAAUUCUUGUAGCUGAUGGUAUGAGGCAGAUGCUAAGGAGAAGAUCCGGUGAUUUAUCAACAAAUUCUUCUCCUAAGAAGUAUACAAGAUCAAUAAGCACAUCACAAGUAGGAGCUGAAUCUUCUUUGAUCUCCUAUUACUAGUUAUACAACACCAUCAAGUACUAUAUAUUAUAACGAAAAUUUUAUUAAAUCAGGUUUCAAGUUCGAGUACUGAAAAUUUUAAAAAGAAUUAUAAAGACACUUUUUUCUUUAAUAGGUUUAAGAAGAUAUGAAUUUGAAUCAGUCAGAUUAGUGAGUUUCAGAUAUUGUACGAUUAAGUAGAAGGUGUAUAUGGUUGAAUAAGGCCACACAAUCUCUGUUGAUGGCUAAUUCUUAGUGUACCAUCUUUGUGUUGUACAGAUAAUGUUUGAUAUUUUCAGUGGAGGCUAUUGUUAAUA